AGAGGGAAUCCAGGACCCAUAUCAUAACCUUAUCCGUUUGGUAAUCUGUGUGGAGCGCGAACUCCAUCUCCAUCCUUGCGUGCUGAGUAGCAUUUCAACACAGCUUCUCCUCUCAUGUCUUUUCUUCCCUUCGUCUUUGCCUGACAACGCCCCCAACACAAGCCUAUGGCCGCAUCUGCAUCAGCAUUUUCCAAUCCAUACUUACUUCACAAGGAAGUUAUCAAUCAAUUUGAAAUCACAGUGAAGCCUCAAUUCCCGAUUCAAAUGCCAGAAUCUUCCCGAUUCUCACGCCUUGCACCGAUAUGCGCUACGUUGAGGAGUCCGAAAGGAUUCGGACCUUCGCCGGAGAAGAGCAAGAAGAAGAACAAGCUGAAAAGAGAAUCCGACGACGACGACGACGACGAAGAAGAAGAUGAGGAGGAAGAGGAAGAGGAAGAAUUGGCGAGAGAGCGAGGUGUGAUACCUGAAGUAGUGACCAACAGGAUGAUAAGCAGGAUGGGAUUCUCAGUUGGGAUUCCUCUGGCAAUAGGGCUAAUGUUCUUCCCAUUCUUCUACUACCUCAAGGUUGGGCUGAAGAUUGAUGUGCCCACUUGGGUGCCCUUCAUUGUGUCCUUCUUCUUCUUCGGGUCCGCACUGUUGGGAGUGAGCUAUGGGAUUGUGUCCUCCAGCUGGGACCCACUCAGGGAAGGCUCACUUUUGGGCUGGACUGAGGCCCAGAAGAAUUGGCCUGUGUUUUGGCAAUCCAUUUGGGGUGGAUCUAAUGCCAAGGGAAAGUAAACUAGCCUUGUUCUUGUCUUUCCCUCAUGUGCCUUUUUUGCUCAUGUUUGAUUAAUGUAAUCUACUUCCAGGAAGAAGCAGCAUGUUUUAGUUUUACCAUUA